GUGUUGGGUGCGUAGUGUCCGAUAUGCGUGAGGAUUCACUGAUAUAUAAUAAUGCCCCAGUGGCGAAUAGACAGUCUUGUCUACUCACUUAGACUAGCAAAUUAGUUGGUGCAUAUCUCUUGAAAAGUUAUCAAUUAGAAAAUUUUUCAAUUAUGAUUGUAUCCAUCAUGUAAGUUCCAUAUUUUACACAAUCUGUCAACCAUAGCACUGUCUAAUAUUGUACUUGCUCCUGGUACCACUCCAUCAACUAAUCCACUGCCCGAUAUAGCGCAACAGGCGGCUUCCGGCGGGCGGGUCAUGCUAAGCUUCCAGCGUGGGGGCCAAAGCAGUUAGGGGCAGCGCAGUAACAGCACUUAGAUGGCGAGGUAGCCUGCUGGCCGCCAAUUAGUCUCUACGGCUGAACUGCUUGUAAUUCUUAAUUGCGGUUAAAACUACAUACACCAUCUUCAAUACUGUAAAUAGCUUCAAUUUUCAAUCUCUGUCGUUUUCACCCAACGUGGCGCAAUAUUGGCAGUGCUCGCUGCACGCUGGGGCCCCCCUCCAGGGGUUCAGAGGCGCUAAUUGCAUCUCCACGCGGCAGCUGCAGCGUUGCCAUGCGUCAGGGUCAUCUCAGCGCCUGACUGAGCAACGGCCAACCUCGACUUUUUUCCCCGCGAAGCUUCACCCACCAAUUAUAACGAGUCGGCUGAGGGCUCGUCUGCCUGCUAUGCCAUUGUACAUGAUAUUAUAGCGACAAGACCACUAUUUCGACCUCUCUAAACCGGCAUCGACUAUUCACGCUACACUACAUCGACCACCACCUCACCCGCCCCUGAGCAUAGCUCGGGCUCACAUUCACCAUGGACCAAGCAGAUAUUCCAGCGCUGUUAGCGCGUCUUUCGAGCGACGAAGAUGCCGCCCGUAAGAUGGCUGUAUUUAAGCUCCAAACCUCCAUCAACGAUCCUUCCUUUGCCGACGUCUUCAUAUCCUCUGGUGGUCUGGUCAUCCUGCGCCGCCUCAUCAUGGAAUCCAGCGGUAACACAUUAGCAUACUCACUACAGAGCUUAACACGGCUACUCGAGGUCGAUAUGGGAUGGGAUGUCUUUGAAGGGCCAACGGCCAGCGACCUGGUAGAACGAAUUGUACAGCUAAUUGUGACAAACCCGCUCGUCAAUAUCCUGCGCGGUGCCAUGUCCAUCUUGGUGGCUCUCGUCGGCCACUCACAGUCACCGCAAGGUGAUGCUUCACCAACAACACCAGGUAGCUUUGGCUUUAGAGCACUCAAGCCUGCAGUGGCUGUGUACCCUCAAUUCUUUGAAUUGGUUGUGCGAGAGCUCUCGAGCGCUGACCAUUCACUGUGCGCCAAUGCUCUGAUGCUGGUAAAUGCACUCAUUCGCGACGCACUGUCGAAUCCGUCGGGUGACGAAUGGUCCAAACUCAUCAAACGUCUGCAAGAGCUGGGCAUUGUAAAGGCCGUGUAUAAGCUAAUGCAAAGCUCGGCGUUACAAGACUUUGCUCACCCUGUCCUCGAGUUUCAAACGCUCAGCAAGCUGCUGCUAAAGCGAUGGCGCGAUAUCCCCGUCGAUGUUGACCACCCCGAACACAGACGGUCACUAAAGAGCUUACAUCUAGCUAGCGCGCCGGAACGAAAAGAGAGUGAGCCAGAGCGAGAUGACCCAGGAAGCCCGGAUAAGAAGAGCCCGGAUAAGAAGAGCCCGAAAAAGCACAACCCCGAGAAAUGGCGCCGAUUAGGCUUCACGUCAGAAAGCCCGGCACAUGACUUUGAGAUUAGUGGCUGCUUGGGAAUGAUGGAUCUAUCAGACUAUGUGAAGAAGAAUGAGGACGGGUACCAAAAGCUGUUGCUGGAGCAAGCCAGUAGGCCGCCGCUGGAGCGAUGCCCCAUUGCUAGAGCGAGCAUGACCGUCACCCUGGUGCUGUGCGAUCACUUCGAGAUUGAUAAGGCUGAUCUGGAAGAAGCCAAAGGGUAUCACGACCUGGACCCGAGCCGCUAUGAUAUCAUUUUCCAGCCGUUUCUGUUGCAGUGGUCCCGGUUACACGUCGCUGGGCUGCAAGCCUUCUUCCGCUUGUGGAAAGCCACUGGUGCACAAGUGGGAGACUUUACCAAGGUUGCCGAGCUGCUUCGCAUUUUGGUUGAGGAGGUAGUAGGACAGGCUACGCGCACAAAAGACGUUUCGGAGAUAGAGGAGGACAUGCAAGAAUACGACGUUGCACGACUGCGGGAGGUGCAGAUGGAACUCUUGGAAAUGGCUUUUGACGACACUUGGAACGAACACUUACACCAAGCCCGUGAGGUACAAAAACAGGAAGCAAUACAAUUUGUUAAGGAGCAGCGUGUAAGAUGCCUGUUGCAAGGAUCAUGGUUUACACGACCGACAGAGAAUGGCGUCGGUUCCAAACAAGAGGCCUCUGUGUGGCGGUUUGCAAAGUUGUCGUCUAACCGACGAUACUUGCAUUACGCCGACUUUGGGAGCAAGAUAACACCGGAUCCCGGGCUUAACACCCUAAAGGAGCGAAUCGAUCUGAGCACGAUUAGCUCUGUCAUGUCCAACGUCUCGGCCAACAGUGACGCGGCCAGCACAAGGAGUGACUCCACGGUACAAAACGUUGCCAACAAUAACAGUAGCAGCAAGGGUUCAACCAAGAUUACCAUAUACAGUUACGUCGACGCUACAGAGGUUGGCAGGCCAGGCGGCGAUGGGGCCGAGUACCCAAUCUUGACUCUGUGGCCAACCACGCAUAGUCUGGCAUCUGAAUGGCUGGAUGGUCUGUUGAUGCUGCUGAACCAGACGCCCAUUACGGCAGAAACGAAGAAGCUGGUGCAGCUGGUGGACUAUUACGGACUCAAGAUUCGACUGCUCAAUGUACGUAUGGACACGGCGCUCAAGGGACCCCCAGAAGGUGCUGGAGUGGUGCCCAGCCGUGAGGGAUUGGAUGAGGACUACUUUUUCGAGAUAUAGCAGCAAGGACACCCCCGUAUAUGUAGAAUAUCAGGCUCGGUUGGUUUAGGCCGCUGAUGCCUUCCUUUUCCAUUGGUAUAUAUUCAAUAAGCCGCAUAUUAUGUUUCAAUUUUUUGACAGCUAGCUGCAUGGUCGUGUGAUGUGUUUGGUACAGUGUAUAUUUUCUUGUCGGAAGCAGCGCUAAAUGUUGAUAUCAAGUUUGAUGCAUGGCAUGCCUUAGCGGAAGGUAUCUGAUUUUCCCGACGCUCCAAAUGCAGUCCAAACAGACUCGUAAAAAACGUAUUUAUUUAUUUAUUAAGAUACGUUCAGUGUUACAAAAACAACGUAUAAUGUUGUAGAGUACGUGUGAUUAUCUCAAACAUUCCAAAAUAUAAUAAUGUUUUUGUCUAUACAAACAAACGUUGUUUUGUCUUUGAACGUCCGGAAAAUAGUAUCUCUCCGCUAUGGUAUCAGACAACAUGCAGCACCUGUAGAAGCAGCAGGAGAGUGGAUUUAUGUGGCUGCAGUAGUGCAUCGGUGGUGGAGUGAGUGUCG